AUGGAGGCGACAAUGGAAACAGCCCAGCCCCCAACGUGGAAACUGUUCAUAGAUGAAUCCUCAGGAGAGGCCGGCUCCGGGGCAGGGAUCGUCUUGGAAAUCCCCGAAGGCCACAAGCUAAAUUGUGCAGUAAGGUUCGGCUUCAAAAUCUCGAAUAACGGUACUGAAUAUGAGGCCCUUCUAGCAGGCCUUAAACUGGCAAGGAAAAUGCAGGUCAGAAGGCUCCUAGCGAGCAACGAUUCUCAACUUGUAGUGAGUCGGGUCAAUGGAAACUUCGAGGCCAAAGACAGUAGCAUGGUUGUAUACUUGAAAUUGGUUCUAGACCUAGUUCUUCAUUUUGAAAAGUUCGAGUUGAUUCAAGUCCCAUGCUUAGAGAAUACUCAAGCAGACGCCCUGUCAAAACUAGCCAGCAGUAAGGAUUCAGAGCUACUAAAGCCCAUCAUCGCCUAUUUAAAGGACCAAUCACUACCAGCUUCCAGAAGCGAGGCAAGGAAGUUAAGAAGAAGGGAUGUACACUUCGUCCUGCAAGAAGAUAUCCUCUACAAAAGAAGCUUCGCCCCACCACUUCUCCGAUGUGUAGGAGGCGAAGAAGCCAUAUAUAUACUCAGGGAAAUCCAUGAGGGAAUCUGCGGGAAUCACUCAGGAGGAACGGCUCUGGCACACAAAAGCCUCUCUGUAGUGAUCAGCCCUUGGCCAUUUGCCGAAUGGGGUAUCGACUUCAUCGGUCCACUUCCAAAAGGAAGAGGAAGCGUGAUUUUUGCCAUUGCCGCCAUCAACUAUUUCACCAAGUGGGUCGAAGCUGAACCUCUUGCAAAGAUCACCGAGGCGAAUACUACCAAAUUCAUCUGGAAGAACAUCAUUUGCAGGUUUAGCAUUCUCCACUCCUUAGUAUCUGACAACGGUAGACAGUUUGACAACAGGAAGAUGCGAAACUUAUGUGAUGAACUGGGCAUAAAGAAGGAUUUCUCGACGCUUAAUAUCCACAAGCAAAUGGGCAAGAAGCUUGACAUCUCGAAAGGGACUUGGGUCGAUGAGCUUCCCCAUGCCCUCUGGGCCAUCAGAACAACUAGCCUAACGACAACAGGGGAGACACCCUUCUGCAUGACCUGCGGAGCCGAGGCCAUGACCCCGGUUGAGUUGUUUGUCACUUUGGUUAGUAAAUUGUUACCUCCGUUCUUCAAUAUGUUAAUUGAUCCGAUCUUCUGUUAUUAA